AUGCCUUCUCCACAUCCCCUCAUGCCACGCGAUCGCCACGACUCCGCCACCCUCACACACCUCAAAUCCCUCGGCCCAUCCACCUGGGCCCCCCUAAUACCCCCCUCUGCCCCGGACGGCGGUCUGUUGCACUGGCUCGAAGACAUAAACUGGCCGAUUGCCCGGCCAAUCUCCAAAUUAUUAGUUUCGCUGGCGGAUGAUGUAGACGCGCGGGAGCAGUACGGACAUUAUCUCGUCGAUACGGUGAAUAAGUUGUUUAAAAGCAGUGAGGAUUGGGAGUGGGUUUAUUAUGUGCUAGUGUAUGUGGUGUGUGAGGUUGAGGAUAAGGAGUGGGCGAGGAGCAAAUUUGGGGAUGGGGUGAGGGGGUUGGAGGGGAGGAUGAGGGGGGAGGAAGAGAAGGAGUGGGGGUUUGGUGAAUACAUUGGGAAACUUUUGGAGGAAGACUGGUUGUGA